UAAUUGAGUGACAGAAGGAAACAAAUGUACAUAGGAAAAAAGUGUGAAUAAACAUAAAACAGUACGAGUAUUGCUUUUAAAUAAACAAAGCCAACAACUGAAAUAAUGGCUCUCUUACGGGUGCUGGCUGUCAUCGGCUUCUGCCUUGUAGCGGUCAGCGGCGGGGAGGAGAUCGAGACUCUGGCGCCCAAGGCAGCAGACAAGGUCGAGGAUUCAGUCACCACCAAACUGACGCCCAGCAUCACAGAGGACCCCAAAAGUAAGACGGAGAAGCGGGAUUCAUCAGAUCAGACAGGAGCCAUCUUCCCGGGCAGGCCCACAAAGGAUACACCAUUCCGACCCAUCUACCCUUCGUCCAACUUCUAUGAGGCGCCAACGCAAAUCUUUGGACCCACGACCGUUCGCUACACGGCAGCGGAGGCGGCACCGCAAAACUACUACGAUAAGCCGGAGAGCGGAUCGGCAAUUCGAUAUGGCCCCCCGCCAUCAGGCCCGUCCGGUGCGGGGAGCGCAGGAGCGCAUAAACCUCCGGUGCAGUACGCCCAGCAGGGGCCGACCACGGCGCAUCGCUUCAGCUUUGCAGCUCCACCGCAAGUGGAGCUCUAUCAGCGGCCAGCCGCCACUAAGUCGGUUUCAUUGGGACCGGGAGGAACCCACCAGCAACAGCAGCAGCAGCAUCAGCAGCAUCAGCAGCAUCAGCAACAGAUUUUCAAUUACGGCGAAGUGGAAUCCGAGGGAGGACCCAUUUAUGAGCGUGCGGGACCGCAGCAAUACCAAUUAACUCUGCCCCACCACCACAGCCACCACAAGCUUCAGCAGCUAAGUGCACCGCGGCAGCAGCGCAUUCAAUACAUCAUUGCCAUACCACUCUCCUACAUGCGUCAGCUGCAGCAACAGCAGCAGCAGCAACAGCAACAACAGCUGCAACAUCAUCUGUUGGUGGCUCAACCAACACCAUCCGCCAGUCCUACCAGCAGCACCUCCACCACCUCCAGCACAUCCACUAGCUCUGCACCACCGUCAACGGCAACGCCGGGGCCUAGGCAUCAUUCCAUCACGCAGCUGUUCGGACCGCUGGCUCGUGAUCAUCAGGGCUUGUAUCGACCCUUCUAUCAGUCGGAUGCCGCCAAUGCACCACUGACGGGGAUAGGCACCCCGGCUGGGCCAAGCCCGCCCAGAAACCAGCAGCAGUAUGUCCAGAUACCAGCCAGUCUGCUCCUUGCCGCCGCCCAGCAGCUCCAUCAACAGCAUCAGCAGCACCAGCAGCAGUCCCAACAGCAGGCGGUCUAUGCCAAGGCUGCACCACCACCCACCUAUCAGCAGCUCAUCUAUCAGCCACAGCCACAGGCACCACAGCACCACCCCCAGCUGCAACUUCAGCGUAUCUUCCUGCAACCGUCGCAGGCUCAAACAUCAGCUAUCUAUGCCGAACAGCCGGGCGGCCCUUUGUAUGCAUAUCCGCUACAUCAACAGCAGCGGAUGAAACAGUCACAGCAGCAGGAGCAGCAACAACACAAAUACACACCGGCAUCGGGAUCCUUGGCGGGGCCAACACCAGCAACAGCAACAGAAGCAGCAGGAGUAACAGGAGAAGUGGCAGCAACAGCACCGGCAGCAACAGAACCGGCAACAGCAACACGUCCAGCCGCCCAGCACUUACCCAUCGUGCACUACAAUCCAAUUUACGUGCAGGCACCCGCCGAGCAGCAACAGCAGCUUCAGCAGCAGCAGCAACAUCAAUUUGCCAUAUUGCCACGUUUUAGCAAUAAUAACCCAAAGGCCGCUUACCAUCUGGGGCAUGAAUCAACGCCACCGAUUCAUGUUGUCAGAUUGUCAGCGGCUGGUGCCCCCGGCCCGCCCAUCCACCAUUUCCAUCACUAUCAGCCGGGUCCGGGCUCGGGCUCAGUGCCGGUUCUGCAACAACUUUAUCAUGCCCCGCAGCAGCAAUACGUAUCGCCAUAUGCCCAUGCUCCCGAAGAAGUUCCUCUUCCUGGACCCGUCUCAAUGCCCACUACGGUGCCUGGCAUGACCCACGCCUCGCCAGCGAUUAUUCCAUAUUUCAGCCAUCCGGGUGCCGUGCAUUAUGGCACGCAUUUGUAUCACCCGGCAGCGGCAGCCACGGUAACGGGCACGGGAACGGCAACGGGCUCAACAGCAGCCACAGCAACACUAAGAGGAGGAGUAGGUGCACCAUUAAGCACCAAGCAGCAGUCAACGGUUGGUGCAGCCGCAACAAGUGGAGGACACUCACCAGGUGGCGGCAACAAUAUUGUGAAAUAUCCCUAAAGCAUUCAACCUGAUGACGAUGCCACCGGCAGAAGACGCAGAAGCAGUAACAGGAACAAUCGCUGGCCCAUUUCCCAUCCCUUAGUAUGGGAGGGACACCCGUUUAUUAUACCCUUGCAGUGGGUAUUUUUAUAUUGAACAGAUGUUUGUAACGCAGAAAAUUAAGUGUUUCCGAACCAAUACAAUUUUUUACGAGCAUAUAAAUAUUCUUGAUCUACAUCAACAGUGGAAUAUAGGGCCGUACCAUUCGAUAAGUCUGCAAAUUAAUGACUUUUUCGACGUUUCAGUAUCAGAGCAGCAAAGAUCAAAUCACAUUUUCAUAUAGCUUUCAAUAUAUAUCACUAUUACCGUACAUCUGGUAAAGUAAGGCAUCUAAAGCCUCGAUUCCGAAUCAUUCGUUGUCUCUUCUGUGUGUGGUUUCCAUCACGAUAAUUAUGUAUUUUACACGAUUUUUCCUGCUCCCUCUCUAACGCUGUGUAUACGAGUAACACUCGGUUUGUUCUUGUUAUCUGCCGUUGUUACCUAGAAGUUUGCUUUUCAUCUUUUAAUGAGUUUCGGCUCGGUUUUUUGUGUAAAUAUUUGAUCAAUUUUCCAAUAGACUCGCCAAAUAAACACUUACAUAUACGAUUUCA